GUAUCUGCUAGUUCCCCAUCCUGGCCUUCCGGUUUCCCCGUCUCUUCUUCAGGUUUGUGCCACAGUGCUCCAUUCUCUAGCCCCAUUCCAGAUUUCAUCCAACCAAGCAAUCAAGGUGGCUCGGAAUUUGAGGCCCAUUAAGAUGUGUGUUUGUGUACACAUCCUGUCCUGCUGCUCUCGGCAGGAGGCAGCCAACUCGUGUCAGAUUCCCUGAGAAACCCUGACAAAGAGAAGACAGCAUAUGCUACUACGAUCACAAGAAAAUGUGGGAGCGCUCAGAGCUUUAGCAGUCCUAGGCUGGUCAGCAUCGCAAGCCCUCCCAGCAUCUGCUCCCCGAGCCAGAGUCUCUUCCUUAAAACUUGAAUAACUGUUCUUCAUGCCCGUCACUUGCAGGAUAGAUUCCAGACCCUCUUCCUCAGCCCACCUGUGCCGCGCCCCACCCAACGCUGUGUGCUCCAGCCCACUCUGCCCAGAAGUGCAAGAGCCCAAGCCGCCUCCAUGGCCCCAGGAAGGAGUCAGGGCAGAGGCCCCAUACAGGGAGCCACUCCAACCAGACAGCCCGGCCAGAAUGGAGCUGACUGAACUGCUCCUCGUGGUCAUGCUUCUCCUAACCGCACGGCUGGCCCGGUCUAGCCCGGCUCCUCCUGCCUGUGACCCCCGACUGCUAAACAAACUGCUACGUGACUCUCAUGUCCUUCAAGGCCGACUGAGCCAGUGCCCAGACAUCAGCCCUUUGUCCACACCUGUCCUGCUGCCUGCCGUGGACUUCACCCUGGGAGAAUGGAAAACCCAGACGGAGCAGACCAAGGCACAGGACGUUCUGGGGGCGACGACCCUCCUGCUGGAGGGAGUGAUGGCAGCACGGGGACAAGUGGAACCUACUUGCCUCUCAUUCUUACUGGGGCAGCUUUCGGGACAAGUUCGCCUCCUCCUCGGGGCCCUGCAGGGCCUCCUUGGGACCCAGCUUCCUCCACAGGGCAGAACCUCCGCUCACAGAGAUCCCCGUGCCAUCUUCCUGAGCUUCCAGCAACUGCUCCGAGGAAAGGUGCGUUUCCUGCUGCAUGUGGUAGGGCCCACCCUCUGUGCCAAGCGGGCCCUACCCACCACCGCGCUCCCACACAGUACCUCUCUCCUCCUCACACUGAACAAGCUUCCAAACAGGACUUCUGGAUUGCUGGAGACGAACUCCAGUGUCCUGGCCAAAACUACUGGCUCUGGACUUCUGAAGAGGCUGCAGGGAGUCGGAGCCAACGGGCCUGGUCUGCUGAACCAAACUUCCAGGUUCCUGGACCAAACCCCUGGACAACUGAACAGGACACACGGACCUUUGAAUGGAACUCAGGGACUCCUUCCUGGACCCUCACCCAGGGCCCCAGGAGCCCUGAAUAUUCCUCCAGGAACUUUGGACAUGGUCUCCCUGCCACCCAAUCUCCAGCCUGGAUAUUCUCCCCUAACCCUUCCUGCCAUUGGACAACAUACAGUCUUCUCACCUUCACCCUCCGUGCCCACUACCCCCACAGCCCAGCUCCAACUCCCACUUCCUGACCCCUCUGCUGCCAUGCCCGACCCCACCAGUCCUCUCCGAGCGGAGGUGCACCCUCACUUCCGGAAUCUAUCUCAGGAGGAGUAAGGUGCUCAGGCGCUGCCCACACCAGCAGUGUCUCCCAUUGUGAUUCUCUUACCCGGAGGAGAGGCCCCGGAGACAACUGCAGCUCCCCCAGAUUUCCUGCUUUCCCUGGAGCCCACAGUCCUGGUGAAGGCAGACACAUAGGAAGGAAAGGGGAUCUUUUUUCUCUGUUUAAAACACCAGAAGCUAUUUUUUUUAAUGUUUUUAUUGAUUUCAGAGAAAGGAAGGGGGAGGGAGAGAAAUAUUGAUGUGAGAUACAUCGAUUGUUGCCUCCUGCAUGCCCCCUCCUGGGAAUGGAGCCUGCAACCCAACCUGGGCGUACGCCCUGACCAUAAUCGAACCAGCGGCCUCCUGGUGUAUGGGAUGACGCUCAACCAACUGAGCCACACUGGCAGGGCAGAAAAGCUAUUUUUUUUAACCUAUCAAUAAUAUUCACCAGAGCAGCUAGUUAUCGGUCUAUUUUCUGUACAAAUUUACAACUUACGGAUUCUCUAUAUGCUUUUUCGUGUGAUAAUUCCUUUAAAGGCCUGGACUGGCCUGACCUCUGAACAGAGGUAGAGACUAAUCUUCUGUCAGAAAACAGAAAAGUGAGCUUUAGUUUUCUGCUCAGAACUAAGGUUAGUCUCUUUACCAUGACCCUUUACCUCAUUCUCAAUGGCACUCUGACCUCCUUUUCUUAGGAGAUCCUUACCCCUGAGAAAUGAAUGAGACAUUGUCUCCCACAAAGACUGUCUGAGCCUGUAUCAAUAAAGAAUAAAUUAAGCACCCAAAAGCUAA